AUGCGUUCUUCUCUCGUUCUGCUCGCCGGUCUGGCGGGCUCUGCUCUCGCCUACCCUGCCGAUAUGGCUGUUGAGCGCCGUACCCUGGGGCUCCUUGGUGAGCUCCUUGGCGACAUCACUGUCGACGUGACUUCUAUCCUUGGUGCCGUCCUCGGCGGCCACUCCUCCGUUGAACUCCUAGCUGGUCUGGGUGCUGAGGGUGCUGCCGCCCUCCAGGGAGGUGCUCUCGGCUGCAAGUCCGGUGUCAUCGACCACAAGGCGAAGGCGGCCCUCAAAGUUUGGUUGCUCUUCCACGCCAACCUCGACCUCUCACUCAAGAAGUCCCUGAUCUCGUGGUGUGAGGGUAACGACGAGCUCGUCCUCUCCGAGGAUGUCCUGGCUGCUCUGUCCGUUUACAUCCCCGGAUGUGCCGAUAUCGCUGCCAAGGGCCAGCUUUACGUGACUAUCGACGGUAUUUUUGAGGCUGCCAGCCUCGAGUCCGCUCUCGUCCUGAGUGUUGGUGCUCAGGCUUCUCUUUCCGCCUGGAUCGAGGCUAAGCUUGAUCUUGAUGUUGCUGUCAAGCUCGGUCUGAACGUCUGCGCUGCUGGUGGUGUUGUCGGCAGUCUGUCGGCUGACAUCAAGGCCGCCCUCCUCGCUUGGAUCGACAGCAAGGAGUGUGACCUCAGCGCUCACCUCAAGGUUUCGGUCCUUGCCUGGAUCAAUGGUCAUGCUGGUGGUGACCUUGUCGAAAUUGGUGCUCUUGCUGACACUGCUCUUUCUACCAUCUCCGUCGGUGCUUCCGUCGGCGUGCACGUCCUGGAGUCUGGCAUUCUGUCUGUUGGCGGCCAGGCCUCCCUCUCGGCCUUCCUGGGCGUUGAUCUCGCCGCUGAUCUCGCUGCUGAUGUCAAGCUGGCUCUCGAGGCAUGCGCUAAGGGCGAGCUCGCCACCGCUGUGGACCUUGACAUUCGCACCAAGCUCGCCAUCUGGCUCACCAGCGCCGACUGCUCUCUGGGCGUUGAGCUUAAGGCUGUCGUCCUUCUUUGGCUGUCCUUCGGUGUCGAGGCUAAUGUCUCCGCUGCUGUCGACCUUGUUGGCGGCCUCCUCGGUGGUGUCACCGGUCUUCUGACCAACACCCUCGCCGAUCUCAGCGUUGACCUCCGUGGUGCCCUUUCCGUCUGCGCUGCCGGCGGUAGCCUCCUUGACCUGACCUUGAGCGCCCGUGCUGAGCUCGCUGCCUUCCUCAGUGGCUGCACUUCCAUUGACAUCGAUGUCAGCAUCCAGAUCAUCAUCAUCCAGUGGUUCACCGGCUGCAGCAUCCCUGGUGCUCCCUCUGCCCCUGCCUCGUCUUCAGUUCCCAGCCUUCCCUCCAGCACCCCCUACGUGUCCAGCACCUCCGCUGUGCCUUCCGGUCCCGAUGCCUCCGUCUCUGUCCCCGCCGGCACCCCCGUCCCCAGCGGCCCUGCUCCCUCCGCCUCCGUCUCUGUCCCCGCCGGCACCCCCGUCCCCAGCGGCCCUGCUCCCUCCGGCCCCGACGCCACCAGCACCCCCUGUGAUACCGAGACUUCGGAGAUUGUCCGCUCUACUGUGAUCCCCGGCCCCAACGGCUCCGGUUCUGUCACUGUCACCGUCCCUGCCGCCACCGGAACCGCCCCUGCUGAGACCCCCUCAGGCGUUGCUCCUACCGGCACCCCCAUCCCCAGUGGCCCUGCUCCCUCCGGCCCCGAUGCCACCUCCACCCCAUGUGACACCGAGACCUCGCAGAUUAUCAGCUCCACUGUGAUUCCCGGUGGCCCCGAAGAGUCUGGCUCCAAGACCGUCUCCGUCCCUGCCGUGCCUUCCGGCACCGGCCCUGCUGAGACUCCCUCCGGCGUUGCUCCCUCCGGCACCCCUGUCGCCAGCGGCCCCGCUCCUUCUGGACCUGCCCCUAGUGGCCCUGCUGCCAGCACUCCCUGCGACACCGAGACCUCCGCUAUCGUGAGCUCAACCGUGAUUCCCGGUGUCCCAGUUCCUUCCGGCCCUGCUGCCAGCACUCCCUGCGAUACCGAGACCUCCGCGAUUGUCACCUCAACCGUGAUCCCCGGUGUCCCAGCUCCUUCCGGCCCUGCUGAGACUCCCUCCGGCGUUGCUCCCACCGGCACUCCUGUCGCUAGCGUUCCCUGUGACACCGAGACCUCCGCGAUCGUCAGCUCGACCGUCAUCCCCGGUGUCCCAGCCCCCUCCGGCCCCGCUCCAUCUGCCCCAGCCCCUACCAGCCCUCCCGCCGUGCCCUCCGCUGGUGGUGACUCUGGCUCUGAUAAUGUUACCGUCACCAAAACUGUGACUGCCACCGUCUGCGGCUGCGAGUAA